AUGGUAAGCGAGGGGGAGGUUAGAAGUCGUAUUUCAGACGAAGAUAUCAUAGAAGGUUAUCUCCGACCAAAGGUAAACGGGGAAGCAAUUGCAAACCCGCGAUUUAUCGUAGACAACAUGGAGGAGGAGUUGUACACACGAGAGCCGUGGCUGCUUCCGCAACCAACAGAUCCUAUCCUAAACCCUCGCGAGUGGUUCUACCUGGGGAAACGGAAUAGGAAAUAUCGCCAGGCAGAAGGAGUUCAUUGUGAGGGAGCGUGGAUUCUCAUCCAAGGUAGAUCCCCGGUCCUGUCUGAGGAGUCGGGUGAAAUAAUUGGGGCAACUAUGAGAUUCAGAUAUUGCUUCAGGAACAAGAACGAUAAAUCUGCUAUGGCCUAUAGCAAUUGGUUCAUGCGAGAGUAUCGUCUCUGUGACAAAAGCAAACCCUACAACACCCCUCAUGUUCUCUGCAAGAUUACUUGUAACCUUUGA